ACACCGCAAGACUCAGGACCAGCAAGCACAAUGGCCCCCAAGAUCCGCCACGCCGCCCCCGCCUUCACCGCCGACGCCGUCGUCGACGGAGAGUUCAAGACUGUGUCGCUGUCCGACUACAAGGGCAAGUACGUCGUGCUCUUCUUCUACCCCAUGGACUUUACCUUCGUGUGCCCCACGGAGAUCAUCGCAUUCAGCGAGAAGGCGGCGGAGUUCCGUAAGCUUGGCUGUGAGGUGCUGGGCUGCAGCGUGGACUCCAAGUUCUCGCACCUGGCGUGGAUCAACACUCCCCGCAAGCAGGGCGGUCUGGGCGAGCUGGACAUCCCUCUCCUUGCCGACUUUAACAAGGAGAUCUCCCAGGCGUACGACGUCCUGAUCGACGUGGGUGAGGAGACCGGUGCCACCUUCCGUGGUCUGUUCAUCAUCGACGGUGAGGGCAAGCUGCGUCAGAGCACCAUCAACGACUGCCCCGUUGGUCGCAACGUGGACGAGAUCCUUCGUCUGGUGGAGGCUUUCCAGUUCACGGAUGAGCACGGUGAGGUGUGCCCGGCUGGCUGGAAGAAGGGCAAGAAGACCAUCAAGCCCACGGUGGACGCGUCGAAGGAAUACUUCGAAGCCGCUAACUAAACCGAAGGUGGACGUGUGGGGUUCCAAAUGAGCAGCGAUAAACACUAGAUACGUCGCAAUACAAGUUAAGUUACAGCAGAUGGCCGAGUUAUCAUUCAAUUUCGGACAACGUGCCUAUUAUAAACUGCAAUACUGGACAAUCUGUCGACU